AGCCCCGCGCCGCCACAACAGCGAGGGACGCAGGUAAACUCGCGCGCACCUUCUUUACAUGUCAACAAAAAAGAAACACGAAACAUGGACACUCGGAUUAUAAUUUAGUUUAUCGGAUAUAGAACCGGUUACGUAUUCGCUUCCCAUUCCUGGACGCAUGACAUUCUGCAACAGAGCAAGGAACUCUUCUCCACAAUGGCAAGCCAGGACCCAGUCAACCAUUCACAUGCUGCGUUUGACCACUUUGUGCAAGCGCAGGACUGCAAAGAUGUGCAACGGUAUUUUGAUGAACUUUGUCGGCAGCUGGACAUCAAUUUGAAGGAUUUCAAGAGUUUCUAUAGCAAGCUAAAAGAAAGACUGAACUACUGGCGGGCAAAAGCCUUGUGGACAAAGCUGGACAAGAGGGCAUCUCACCCGGACUACCAACAAAGAACAGCCUGCACCAAAAACAAGUGUCUCAUCCUGGGGGCUGGGCCAUGUGGGCUGAGGACAGCCAUUGAACUCUCCUUGCUAGGUGCUCAGGUGGUGGUGUUGGAGAAGCGAGACACUUUCUCCAGGAACAAUGUUCUCCAUCUGUGGCCCUUCACCAUCUGUGACCUCCGUGGCCUCGGUGCUAAAAAGUUCUAUGGAAAAUUCUGCUCUGGCUCGCUAGAUCACAUCAGCAUUCGUCAGCUGCAGUUGAUUCUUUUAAAAGUAUCACUUCUCCUUGGCGUGGAGGUUCACACUGGAGUGGAGUUCCAGGGUCUGAUUGAGCCCACAGGAGAGAAAGGAUGGAUGGUCAAAGUUCAGCCUGAGACUCAUCCUGUGUCAACCUUCCAAUUUGAUGUUUUCAUCUCUGCUGGCGGAGGCAGGUUUGUCCCUGAGGGGUUCAAGCACAAGGAGCUGAGAGGUAAGCUGGCCAUCGGCAUCACGGCCAACUUCAUCAACAGGAACACAACAGCAGAGGCCCAAGUGGCCGAAAUCAGCGGUGUGGCUCGUAUCUACAACCAGAAAUUCUUCCAAGACCUGCUUACAGAGACUGGUAUUGAUUUGGAGAACAUUGUAUAUUACAAAGAUGAUACCCACUACUUUGUCAUGACUGCCAAAAAGAUGAGUUUGCUGAAGAAGGGUGUCAUCAGACAGGACUUCAGCGAAGUGGAGGAUUUGCUAGCUCCAUCCAACGUUGAUCAGGAGGCAUUGCGUCGUUACGCCCAUGGUGCUGCCUACUUCUCCACUGGGGGCAAAUUACCAGAUCUGCAGUUUGCUCAGAACCAUGCUCGCCAGCCGGAUGUGGCCAUGUUUGACUUCACAUGCAUGCAGAGAGCUGAGAAUGCCUCGCUAGUUCGGGAGCGUAGGGGCAAGAAGUUGUUGAUGGGUCUUGUUGGAGAUUGCCUGGUGGAGCCGUUCUGGCCUCUCGGAACUGGAAUUGCUCGUGGAUUUCUGGCAGCUUUUGACACAGCAUGGAUGGUGAGAAGCUGGGGCAUGGGUGCCCCUCAUCUUAAGGUCCUAGCUGAGCGAGAAAGCAUCUAUCAGAUCCUGUCACAAACCACACCAGAAAACACAAGCAAAAACUAUGCUGCUUACAGCAUCGACCCCAAAACACGAUACAUGAGAGUCAACCUCUCCUCCAUCCAGACUAGCCAGGUGCAGCACCUUUACGAUAUUGAUAAAUCCAAUCCAUCCAGCAAGAAACAGAAGAACAGGUGGUCGUAUGAGCGUCAAGAUUCAUUCAGUGGUUUUGAGGAGUUGCUAAAAUGGUGCCAGAAACACACCUCCGGUUACAACAAUGUGGAUGUCAAAGAUUUCACUAAUUCAUGGAGGUCUGGGCUGGCUCUCUGUGCUUUGAUCCACCACUUCAGACCUCAGCUCAUUGACAUGAACUCAGUGAAAGUGUCUAGUUCUGUCCACAAUCACCAACGGGCCUUCACUAUCUUGGAGAAGGAGCUUGGCAUUCCACCUGCCAUGUCUGCCAGUGACUUUGCCAAUGGCGGUCAGAUAGACAAACUGUCUAUGGUCCUCUACCUCACACAGGUUAAAGAUGCCUUCACUCUGCCAACUCCAGCUACAGAGCACACAGGCUUCCUGCCUUCUUCCAAGCCUCUGACUCUCUCCCCGACAUACUCGGCUGUGUUUUUUCUCAACAAACUGAAGCACAACUCUCUGCAAAGACGCAAGGAGAAACUGGAAGCUGAGAAGCAGCAAGUAAGAGAAAACAAGAUAAGGAUGGGAGAAGACGACAGCUCUGCCCCCCCCUCUCCUUCUGAUCUCAAUCCGCCACCUGCACUUCUGCCUGAGGAUGAGCCUGAGCCUGCCAACAGCAACGAGUGCUGCCUUUGCGGCGGGAGAGUGUAUGUGCUGGAGCGCAUCAGUGCUGAGGGCAAGUUUUUCCAUCGCAGCUGCUUGACCUGCCAUCGCUGUGGCAUCACGCUGCGACUGGGAGACUACACCUUCCAUCAGGCCACAGGGAGAUUCUACUGUGAGCUGCACUCAGAGGACCUGGUAGACAUAGCUGGAAUAUCGUCAUAUAAGGGAAGUAAAGAAAAUGAAGAGAACAGACUUUCUAGCGAAGAUUACACACCAUCCCCAUUACAUGAGGAGUAUGAGCACACAUACUCCAUACAUGAGGAGUAUGGACAGGACCAGCAACUACCUGACGAUCCUGAAGAAGAAGAAGAUCCUGCUGCUGCUGACCAACAUACACAAGUUGAGCAGAUAGACAGACAUCCUGCAGCGCCUUACCCUCUCCCUAAGCCUCGUCUCUCUCGACUGACCGAACCCAGCCCCCAGCCCGCUUCUCCAGUAGUAAAACCUCGCACAGUUCACCUUGUCAUCCCUACAACUCCAAAAAGUCAUCUGCCUUCAGCCCCAGACCAAGAGAUGUCUGAACCGGCUCCUGACUCGCGCCCCAAACAGUCGCUACGUAAACUGAAGCUCACAGACGAAGAGAAGAACCAGCUGGUAAAUCUUCUGACCUUCACCGCAGACUCCGACUCUGAGACCCGGGGAGGCUCGUCAUCCUGUUCCUCCUCCUCUGUGACGGCAGGAGGUCAGAGUCCUCCAAAACCGGAGGAAGGACAAGAAGAGGAGGGCUACUGGAGCGGGAGUACAGCUGGUCACAUUCGGGAAAAAAGGAACAGACGCUGCUUCAAAAGAAAAGAGGUACCGGGCGGGCAGCCCAGAGUACGAUCCAAGUUCUCACCCUGGAAUCUGUCCUCACCGAGAAUCACAACUCGACUCAGCGUUCAUGUUAAUCAACCGGGGAGAGUCGAAACAACAUUCGGACAUGUUCACAACACUUUUGAAGAGAAUGCCGAUGGAGACGAGGAUGAAGAUGAUGAAAUGUUUGAACAGGAUGACAUUAACUUAUUGGAGGAGAAGUUUCAGACGUUAUCAUCAGACCCUGCGGGGGCCGAGAAGGUGGAAGUUCUGAAGAUGAGGACACUGGAGCGGCGAGCAAAGAUGAGUGAGUUACAGCGACUACGCCAGGCACAAUCAAUCCAGAGAAGGCUGGAAGAGAUUGAAGUCACUUUCCUAGAUUUGGAGAAGAAAGGUGUUGUGCUUGAGCGAACUCUGCGAGGAGAAGCUAAUAUUGACAGCUCCCCUGACCUGAUCGAACAGUGGAUCCAACUCGUCCAUGAGAAGAACAUGUUGGUCUCGGAGGAGUCUGACCUCAUGGUGGCGUCUCGACAGCUGGAACUUGAAGACAAACAGAGCAUGUUGGAGUUGGAGCUGAGGAAAUACAUGGACUUGAAUGACAAGACACCGGAGCAGCAAGCUGAAGAAGAACGCGUUCUGCAGCAGAUGAUUGAGGUGGUGGACAUGCGUGACUCUCUGGUGUCCUUUCUAGAAGAGAAGAGGCUAAAUGAGAUCCAAGAAGAGCAAAAUGUCCUCUCUGUCAUGGAGGCCAAGCGCCAUUCCAAGGUGGGAGCUCAGGUUCCCUGGCAGUAAUCUUUCUUUCACACUCACAAAAAAAAACAAACAACAGACUGAAACAUUACAAAGCCAAAGAAGACAACACCGCUGUUGGCUCAUCUUUAAGCAGCAAUGACAAGGUUGUGAGUCCGAAGCUGAAUGAACAUCAGCUCCAUUCCUCACCAGAGGGAGACAUCAUUUGGCAGAUCUAAGGCUCAGCCCUCAGGCCAAGCCCCGCCCGUGUCAUUAUAGCUGAUGUGGCUGCACCGUUGAACAAACAGCAGAUAAUCAUCGCUCAGUGAGGGACCUGACCUGGAUUUGUGUCGUAAACAUGCCAAGACAAAGCAGCAUGAAACGGCAGCUUCAUGCUGUCGCUGGCUUUGGCGCUGAAGGAUGAGAUGGAGGGUUUGAAUAUAUUCAGAUUGAGGUUUCUUCUUGUUGUGUUGCACACUGAUAAAUAACCCACAUUAUUUGUUUGGUACUUUGUAUAUUGAAUAAAAGUUGGGUGGGGAAAACUAAAACGCAGUUGAUGUGUUGUUAAAUGAUUUUACAGUAUAUGUGACAUCCAUGAGGCCCUGAGGUUUAUCUGUUGGAUCCUCUUAAGUUCUCCCUGGCCAGAUGGGACGUUAUGACAUUUGGGGUGGCAGAUCACUCAAUCUUAUCAUGAAUGCUGUUCAUCAUUUCAAAGUGUUCCUCUUCAUGUGUUGGAAGAGUGGCCAAAAGCAAGUCAUCUGUCAAUAGGAGCCUUAUCUUUCUUCACUGUGGUGCUGUCUGCACAGCAUGUCCAAUAAAGUUCACGCACUUUGAUAAUAUCAUUUUUCUCAUUUGCCUCACAGUUAAUUGUGCCUUUAACACAUUGCUGUAAUGUUUAUAGUCAACAUCUAAAGACCCUUAAGAGUACUGCCCCUCUUGGGCUCCAAACUACACGGUUUUCAACCAACCAGCUAGCAUAAGUUACCAAUGGUGGUCUAAAAGAAUGUUGAACAAAUAUCUAUUUCAAAUUCAACUUGGUAAAAAAAUUGUUCGACCCAAUUAAGAGGAUUGGCAUUCACGGAUUUCACUCGUCGCUGCC